CCCCCCACCACCCCCCGCCGCAGCCUGCCGUGCGCAGUGGGACUGCCCGUGACACGGCGGAUCGGCGAAGCUGCUCCUCCAACUUUCCAGCCUAAAUUAUAGCCGGAACAUGUCUCUGACCAACACAAAGACGGGUUUUUCGGUGAAGGACAUUUUGGAUCUCCCCGACACCAACGAUGAGGACGGUUCGGCCGCGGAGGGAGGCGAGGAGGAGAGCGAGACGCCAGAGCCGCCCAAGAAAGCCGGAGUUUUGGGACAAACCCCCUUGGACACUGUUCAGACGCUGCCUUUGAAGAAUCCUUUCUAUGAUAAUAGCGAUAAUCCCUACACGCGUUGGCUGGCGAGCGCCGAGGGCAUCCAAUACUCCCUGCAUGGACUGACGGGCGGCGGCGGCCAGGACCCCUCGGCCAAAUCCCCAGAGCCGUCGGCCGACGAAUCUCCCGAUAACGAGAAGGAAGCGUCGGGCGGUGGGGACGCGGGGAAGAAGAGGAAGAGGAGGGUGCUGUUCUCCAAGGCACAGACCUACGAGCUGGAGCGGAGGUUCCGGCAGCAGAGGUACCUGUCGGCGCCGGAGCGGGAGCAUCUGGCCAGCCUGAUCCGCCUCACCCCCACCCAGGUGAAGAUCUGGUUCCAGAACCACCGCUACAAGAUGAAGAGGGCCCGGGCCGAGAAAGGUAUGGAAGUGACUCCUCUUCCCUCUCCGCGGCGGGUGGCCGUGCCGGUCUUAGUCAGGGACGGCAAGCCCUGCCACACGCUCAAAGCUCAGGACUUGGCAGCGGCGACUUUCCAGACGGGAAUCCCCUUCUCCGCCUAUAGCGCCCAGUCUCUACAGCAUAUGCAAUACAACGCCCAGUACAGCGCUACCAGCAACCCCCAGUACCCCACAGCACACCAUUUGGUACAAGCUCAGCAGUGGACUUGGUGAAGGCUGGAGGGGAGAGCGCAGAC